CGUUACUCCAUCCUUGGUUACUGUAUUGUUGGCGUGUUCUUUACCAUGGGAGAUCGCGGUGGAGGAGUUGGAGGGGGUGCCGUGGUGCCAGUCGCCGCCAAGACCCGCAAGCGCCGGGCCUACCUGUACAUUUUCAACAGUGUCGCAGCCAUCGCGUCCGUGCUGUGUGUGUUUGUGGUUAACACCGUCGGCACCAUCCGCACCAUUCAGAUCCUCAUCGGUUCCGACACCAAUUCGACCCACUCAGACGAUGGACUCUUGCACGGGUACAAGGCAUAUUAUACGCCUUACUUGCUUCGCGAAGUACUCGUCGCUCCUGCGACAGUGCAAACUCGCAUCGAUGCGAUCUUGGCAAGUGGACGGAAGGUCGGGUACUUGGAAAUGGACGAGAGUCCUAAUACUACUACUAGUACUACUACUAGUAACCUCGCCACGUGGUUCCGUCAAGACUCGUGCCGCACGUUGGUUAACGCGACCACCGAUCGCAUCUACAACGAGUCGUAUGUUGCCAAGACGCUGGUGCCGAUGCUGCUCGCGGGAUCGAACGCGUCCGACCAAUCCGCGCUCAUUGUCGUCGACUGUUCGUUCGAAGGGCGAAAAGCGAUGGACACGACGAACAUCAAGCUAUACCUCCUGGACCGGCACUUGCAGUGGUUGGUAACGUACCAACUUCAGACGAUUAUGGCGAAUAUCCCAGCUCGCAGAGACACGAUGCCCACAGGAACAGUCAGCUAUACCAACCUGUCGCUGGCUUCGUUAUCUCUUGGAGGUAUUCCCCAACGAGGACUGGACUUUCUCGCCAAACUAACUUCAUCGGAACCGGCCGUACACCAGUUAUUAUGUUCCCGGGGGUUUCCUUUUAACGCGGCCCCAUUCGAUGCAGUCGUGAUCGAGUCCGUGACGGACACGGGCGCUUGGAACACGAGCGUUGUGAGCACGGGGCUGCAGAUGGUGCUGCAGGGCUUUGGGGGUAUGUACAGGGGGUCGCAGAAUGAGCAAGCCAACUACAAGACAUUUGUAUGGGUGCUCGACCCAGACCCGCUCCAAGUUGUGUUCAACUUUCACUUCGCCCAAGUUGGCCGUACGAAAAACUCGUGGGCGUGGGGCCAGGCUUUGAUCUCGGGGUUCCUUUCAUUUGGGGUGGUCACUAGCACGGUCAUGGCGUGUAUUAUAUCACGAAAUAUCUUGAAAGCUACCCAAGUGCGUUGGAUUCCUGAUAUUUCGCCGUCCGUGCAGUCGGGUAUUAUGUUUCGGGGGAUCUUAACUGUCAUUGCGUGGUGGAUCGAUGGGUGGUGGGCCGUCCAGGAAUGGUGCUUUCAACAGGGCAACGUGCGCCGAGGGUUACUCGACAUGUAUGUUCUUACAGACAGCGUCAAGUCGGACUGUUUGAGCUUAUUUCUGGCUGGCGCGUCCUUCAUCGCGUCCCGCCUCCGCCUUCGAAUCAACCCGGCAGUGCCAGUGGUCAUUUACUUGGUUGUAUAUUCGCAACGGGCCCAACUUGUAGCUGCGAUGGGGCUGUUUCUCACGAAUGCCAACUUGGAACUGGAAGCCAACCAAGCGCUCAACGUGGUGCUGUCCGAGACCACGGGGCUGGAUAUGUGGAUGUGGCAUGAAAAAAAAGACUUCAACGCCACGGUCGUGUUUAACGAGUUAUCCUGGAUGGUGCUCGCGCUGAUUUUAAUGCUGGUGUAUGCAAUCACGGACAAGAUUUACACCGUUUACUUCACGGACCAUGCUGUGGAAGCCAAAACCACCAAAAAGACAGUCGCCGAAGACGGCACGACAGGGGGGACUGGCUCGCAAGGUGGCAACAGUGGUUCGAACGAACGGGCGACUUGCUUUGAGACGAGCACGGGUGAAUACUUGCGCCACAAGUAUGGACUCAUGUCGUACCACGAGAAUUACCUGUUUAUCAAGGGUUUGAAAUACGCGUCGCCAUCGGGUAUUUGGACGUCAGGAUGGGUGGUUGUUGACGACAAGUUUCUGUUUCGCACAGACGACAUCAUGAAGGUGUGCGCGAAUAUUCUACUGCGCCACGAUAUCUUUCGUGCGCAUUGCCAUGUGAUUGCCGAGAACCAAGUGGAUAAGACGGUGAUCCGCGUGUUCCGCAAGGAUAUUACGCUCAAGCAGCUCUUCAACCUGUCACUGCGACCGCUGGCGUGAUCAUACAGUCUUCAUUUGUAUAUUCAUACAUGUAAUCAAUAUGUAAUGCUUCACAGUGUUAACGUCGCAAAGCCAUAGCGCUACGUUGGCUUUGCUUGGAGCGCG